AUGGAGAAACUAGAUUGGUUCGAAAGAACUGAUUAUGGCAAGCUUUUAAGUUUGGCUAGAAGAUUGAAUGACGAUAAGUUUUUUGACGUGUUUCUAACGGAAUACCAAUUGGCAAUCUUGCAAUAUGUCAUUAGCCUUGACAAGUUGCAAAUAUGGGAGAGUUUCCUUGAAGGGAACAUUCAAUUAUUGUAUAAAUGUGACACUGAAACUGCCAAGGACUCGGAGUCUGCUUCUGCUGAUGCACCGGAACUGCUAUUUGAAGAAGGCCAAGUGGCUCUACGAAACCUUGCCUUUAAUGUGAGGUACUUGCUAUGGGAGAUGGGUGUGGAUUUCUACUAUAAAGAUGGUAUGGAGGAAGAUAAUAAUCAUGACGGUGAUAGCUAUUAUAAGCUUAUAGAGGCAGUCAAUGAUGAAGAAGAUAUUGUCAGCUCAGCUGCUGCUGUUGAUGGUUCUUCUAAGCCAGAAAUACUUGCCAAAUUACCCAAAAUAGAGAAGCCAAUACUAAGAAACCUCAAUGAUGAUUACGACGAUGACGAUGAUGAAGAAGAAGAUGAUGAUGAUGAAGCGAGAACAGAAAAUAACACAGAUAAAAUGCAAGUGGACGACGACAAUUCAACUAGCGAGUUCAAGUUUUUGGCUGACUCCAAAGUACUCGUUCUCGAGGUUCCUCUGUCUAUAUUUCGUGAUAGAGCCCAGCAGGCUCCCACCCAAGCUGGCUAUACCAAAGCAAAGAGCCCAUUAUUAACAGUGAAUCAAAACAACGGAAGAGCAUCAACUCCCGCUAUGAAUUCUACCCCAACAACUGGUGGCGUAGGUUCAGGCUUAGAUGAUCAAGAAAGACUCAUAAGAGACUCCUACAGAAUAUAUCACAACUUUGAAUACGACCGAAAAACGCUUAUUAAACGUCGAAAAUUGGAGUUAUCUGAUGAGCGACUCGAGAAGAAUAGCAAAGACAAUAAUAAUAAUAAUAAUAAAAAUAAUAAUAAUAAUAAUGGUAAUGAUCUGAAGCAAAAUGGAAGUACAGAAUCUCUGAUUAUGGGAUUCGAAGUGGGAAACUCUUCACUGCUCAAACAUUUAUUGAAUGCCAUUCAAAGCCAAAGAGAUGACAUAGAUUUGAACGAUCAUGAAUUAAGAUCACUUUUCAUGAAUGUUCGUAAAAAUAGAGGGAAAUGGGCCAAUGAUGAAAGAGUUGGUCAAGAAGAAUUAUAUGAAGCAUGUGAGAAAGUCAUUAUUGAAUUACGUGGGUAUACCGAACAUUCAACUCCCUUUUUAAAUAAAGUUAGCAAAAGAGAAGCACCCAACUAUGCCCUUAUUAUUAAGAAACCAAUGGAUUUAAAUACAGUCAUGAAGAAAUUGAAAAAUUUCAGUUAUACUUCUAAACAAGAGUUUGUUGAUGAUGUCAUGCUUAUUUGGUCUAAUUGUUUAACUUAUAAUGCCGAUCCCAAACAUUUCCUUAGAGUUCAUGCUCUUGCAAUGCAAAAGAAAGCAAUGAAACUUAUCCCCUCGAUCCCCAACAUUGUUGUUCGUAAGAGAUCAGAGAUCGAGAAGGAAGAAAACGAGUUGGCUGAUAAUGAGAAUGGGGGGAAACCAAAAGCUGCUGGUCACAUUUCUUCAACAGGUAAGUCACUAAAGAAAGGUCGGAAGCGGUCAAGAGAAGGUCAAGGUCAACAUCACCCCAUUAAAUUAGAAGAAAACGAUGUUAGUGCACUUGGAUCACCCAUUCCAGACGGUACUGCCGCAUCUACAGCAGCAGGGACUCCUAUUCCGAAUGAAGAAACUUCUGCUGUAAAAAAGCCAAUAGAAGAUACUGAAGAGGUGGAAGAAGAUGAUGCAGAGGAAGAAGAUGAUGACGACGAUGAAGAUGAAGAUGACGAACGUAUUAACAAUGAAAAUGCUCGUGACGCUGAAGCUGAGCAAGACGAUGAAAUUGAUCCAGAGUUAAUUGCUUGGAGAUCCAUGACCGCCAAAUCUCGUGCCCAUUAUUGUGCUCAAAGAGCUGAAAUGUUUGGCAGUGAUGGUAAAUUAUGUGCCACAGCUCCAGCAUUGUUAAGGAAAAGUCUUAACAUGAAGAAAUUUAUUCAUUACUUGAACCCAACCCAGGCUUUAUCUAAAACUAGCAAUCUUUUGGUUAAUGAUGAGCCAUAUUUAUUGGAGUACGAUGUUAGUGAUGGAGUUCCUGGCUUAGAGUAUAAGGGUAUUGAUGAACAUGAUGAAGAGAAAUGGGAGCAACAUUUAGUUGAUAUUUAUUUGCAACUGAGCACGAAAGAAGACUCUCCAUUUGUUCUUUCACAAAAGAGUGGGUUAAACAAGUUAUACGUGGACAACAUUUCCCAAAUACAGGAAAUAAGGAGGAUUUGCUUUAAGAUUGCAUUAAUUAGACAAAUGCAAACGCAACAGUUUCUUCAUCACACCCAAAUGAAACCUCCAGAGAUUGAAACGUUGAAAGAAGUUGAUGUUGAUCCAGUUUCCAAGUUGACCAACCAUGACCCUUAUACUUAUAAGGUACAAUAUGGAGCUUUAAGAAGAAGUAUAGCCAAAGUUAUUAUGCAAACAGGGUUUGAAUCAACUGAACCAUUUGCUAUCAACACUAUGACACAAGUUGCUGAGAAGUUCUUAUGUGGAUUAAUCAAGUCACUCAAGACACAUACUGAGACGACUUCAAAGAAUAAGUUGAAGUCUUCACGAGAAGUUAUUUUAUUAUCACUUUUAGAGAAUGGGAUUUUCAAACCUGACGAUUUGUACACAUUUGUUAAGGAACGGAUAAUAAAGCAACAACAAAAAUUGUUUGACUUGCACACCAAGUUGAAGAACUUUCUUAAAGAAUUGUUAAGACCAGGCUUAGAGAAUAUGAAUGAAAAGAAUUUUGAUGAUAAUAGUGAUUUAUUUGUCACUGGAGAUUUCCUGAAUGAAAUAGGAGAUGAUUUUUUUGGCUUGAAGGAAUUAGGGUUGGAUAAGGAAUACGAGCUUAUGAGUUCAUCCAUGCCACUUUACAUGCUCCACACCCGACUUCAUAACUCGUUUUCUAAUAACAAUAAUGCUAACAGAAGGUCUAAAUAUGAAGACUUGAAGGAUUAUGAACCUGGAAAUUUGACUGCUAGUUCCAUUAAGGAUCAAAUUGGGAUCUUAAAGCCCUUUUAUACCAAGCUUUUGGAACGGUCAAAAGUUCAUUUUGUUAAGCAACAAAAGAAGAAGAAUGAAUCUACGGAAUUCCCACCAGAUGACAAAUUGCUAUUGAUUGAAGACGAAGAGCUUCCUCAAAAGAAUAGAAAUAUCAGACCAAGAUUACCACCUACUGGGAAGAUAUCAUCGAUAAAGAAGAAAGUUGUUGCCAAUGCUAUGUUCUUACCUGAAGUAGAUGAGGACAUGAUAAUACCCAAGCAGGAACAACAUGACGAUGCUGGAGAAGAAGAAGAUGGUGCUGAUGAUAAUGAUUUGGCAUCAGAAAUAUCCAAAGAGUUACUGGUGAUGUGA